AUCGAGUUGUUAAAGAUAGAGGAUCAGCCAGGCCUACCAUAUAUCUACAUGAUUCAGAAGUAGGUUAAACCAACCUUGACAGGCGGUAAACACUAAAGAAGCCAUUUUACGAGGGUUGGGUUUCAUUUGUGCAGGUAAAGAGAAUAAAAUACAGACACUGCAACUAUGAGCGGAAGGUCGGGCGUGUAUCUCGUGUCGGCCAAGCAGUCCGAUACUGGGCACACAUACGAUAAUUCGGGGUUUCAAGAGAAGGACCAUAGCGUUGGAUAUAGCCCAACAAAUGGGGUUAACAUUCAGGACGCCCCUGGAGCUAAACCCAUGCCAGAGAAGCCAUACCGGGGCAUGGGAAAGGAGGAACUACUUUACUUCUCCUCGCGGCCAUUUUGGAGGCGACUGCGCAUGGGAUGUAUUGCGAUCGUUCUGAUUGGCUGGUUGGCUCUCGUCAUCACCGUGGUUGCGCUUGUGUUGGCGUAUCCAAGGUGUCGCGAGCCCGACGCGCGCUCCUGGUAUCAGAAGGAGGCUGUGUACAGGAUCUACGUCCCUAGCUUCAAGGAUAGUAAUGGUGAUGGAAUUGGCGACUUAAAAGGGGUCGAAUCGAAACUUGACUACAUCCAAGACCUCGGUUUCAACAUAUUUUCCCUGAGUCCGUUCUACAGUGGAGACGAUACCGGAGCCUCAACUUUGGUUGCAGACUUCGGGGCAGGGAAAGAUGAGACUAUAGUCGACCAUAAAUCUGUCGGGGAGGUGUAUGGAACACUUGCGGACUUUGACAGUUUGGUCGCCGCAGCUCACGAUAAAGGUAUGUACGUGGUUAUAGACUUCGUCCCCAACCAGUCGAGCAAGAACCACCCGUGGUUCAUGGACUCUGUGGCGAAUAAUCUGGGUACGAAACGAAAUUACUACGUGUGGGCGGACGGCGAUGUUGUGAACCCUCCUAACAAUUGGAAAAGCCACUACGACGGAUCAGCAUGGACGCUUGAUGCUACAAGAGGCCUGUACUACCUGCAUCAGUACUCCUCAGAUACCGCUGAUCUUAAUCUCCGUAGCGCCGCGCUUAGAGAUGAACUAGAGUCAAUCCUGAAGUUUUGGUUGGAUCGUGAUGUGGACGGGUUUAACAUCCGGCGUCCGGGAUUCCUGUAUGAGGACUUUGAUCUUCGGAGUAACCCGGGAUCAGGGAUCAACUACGCAGACUUUACACCCAUGUAUACAAGCGGCCAACCGGAAGUGUACGGACUGCUGGAGCAGUGGCGGAUGUUGCUUCAAGCCCACAACAAGACCAACACCGAGAAACUCCUGAUGGCGGACAUAGAUGGCGGUAUGGAUGUUACCCGUAUGUACAGUUACUGUGACCGCUCCGGCGUUCAGAUGCCGCUUAACGUGCUCCAGUCUAACAAUGACUGUCGUGGCACGUGCCUGCGAACAUACGUGGACAUGUGGAUGGAGGCGACGCCAAGCGGGAAGUGGGCAAGCUGGAUGGGCGGCGACGAGAACAAGGACCGAUUGGCAUCGAGUUUUAACUCAAGUUUCAUAGACGCGUUCACUGUGGCGACAUUCUUACUUCCUGGAACUCCUGUCCUCUACUACGGGGACGAACUCGGAGCUACGGGGUUGGACACAUCUAUGGGUGGAGCGAGGGUCAGCCACGCCCGGGCGAUUAUGCCAUGGGAUAAUUCCACCCAUGGGGGCUUCUGCGACAACUGCACGACCAUGUGGACUGAUGUCGCCCAAACUGUUGACAAUUCACGAGGGGAACUCUCCGGUCUAAUAAAGGAUCUGAUAGCCUUACGCGGUGAGCAGUCGUUCCGGGUGGGUGAAUACGCUGCGGCGCUACGGGAUGAGGCCGUGUUCUCAUUUGUGCGAGAGUUUGAUGGCGAAUCUGGAUAUCUUGUCGCCGUCAAUUUAAGCCCCGACACCGUGACACGUGACUUUACAGGGUCACAUCAUACAAUCGAGAGCGAGGCUACAGUGGCGCUCUCUCGAGGGUCAAGUUAUGCGGUAGAUGAUGAUGCCGACACCAGUAAACUAGAAAUAGGACCGUAUGGAGCAGUGGUCGUGUCCUGGGACUAUGUUGCAAAGGAAUUGUAGAUUAUGAACACUUUUGAAACACCAACUAACAUCUAAAGUUAGGGUUUUCGUGACGGUAGAGCUGAUAAUUAGUUGAUUUUACGACACUCGAAAAUGACCACAAAGUUACAAUUUCACACUUGUUUUUAUAACGUUUAUUUACUUUCUUGUUAAUAAAGACAGCGAAGAACAACAAAUUAAAACAUUAAUCAAUU